AUGCGGCCGGUUAUCUACUUCAACCCGAUAGCUAUUCCAAGAACGAAACACUAUGUGCCACUUUGGCGGCGACACGUUGUGUAUCCAAAAUUUACACCCGGCGAUCCUCAAUUGAGAAUGUUUCUUCCUCCAUUUUGGAUGAAAAUGCUCUAUCCCGGCGAAAAGUGUCCCAAACGUUUGGUUGUAUUCAAGAUUCAUCCCCAAAUGACAAAAUACGAUGUAAAACAGUAUUUGGAAAAGAUUUACAGGGUUCCUGUUAUCGGUGUUCAGCUAAAAAUGCUCUACCAUGACUUAUCUCCGCUGGACACAGUCGAGGAUCCAAAACGUGUAGCUGGAGCAAUGUUCCCACAUCUCCUUCCGCGUGAAUCAGAGCGCUACGAGAAGGUCGCCUACGUCCAUUUGGCACCAGGUCAUGAGUUUGAGUUUCCAGAUAUCUUCAAAGGGGGAAAACGACCCUCAGAAGAGAUCUAUCGGCUGAUUGAUCAAGCACAAAUAAGGAAUGAUUUGCAGCCAGCCAAGGAAGACAUGGAGGAGACGGAGCAACUUGUCAAAGAGACGAAAGGGACGGAGGGACAGAAAGGCUCAAAACCUCUACAACCAUCUUCACCUGUCAUAAACAGAUGGUUCCAAUCUUAA